ACUCGGAGAUUUUGCUGUAUAUAAGUUUUGCAGACACAGGGAUCCUUUUGGUAUUACUGUUGAUUUUGGACUUUCAUAGAGUUGCUCAGAGAUCUCGACGUGCUGAUUUUCUGGCAAUGCCACGAGCCCAUGGUCGCGGUUGGGGCAGUAGCCGUGCUCGUAGUCACAGUCGUGGUUACGACAGUGGUAGUGGUCGCGGUCGUGGUCGUGCAUGUCAGCGUGCCACUACUACUGAUCAUGGUUUAGAUGAGGCUCCUAUCUCCCCAUCUGAGUUGAUACCGGGAGCUCAGGUUGGUCCCAGUAUUGGAGUUGGUGGUCAGACUGAGGGACAACCUCAUCUUGUUGCAGCUCAGGUAGCCGUACCAGCCAUUCCUACAGCAUCGUUUAUUAUGGAAAAGGCCCGUAUUCCUUUGCUUGCUAGUUCAGCAAAGGAUCGUUUUAUGCUGUUCCAUGGAGGCACCGAUCCUUGGGUGGCGCGUACAUGGUUGGAGGAUAUUGAGGCCACUUUUGGAUACAUGUCCUGUUCAGACACAGAGAAGGUAGAGCUAGCCGCUUAUCAUUUUCGAGGGCAAGCAUCCACUUUUGGUUUGUUUUACUUUUGGUUUCGGACUCCUCUGUGGCGUGACACUUGCACACUUGCUCUUUCAACUCUCUCUCUCUCUCUCAAUCUUUGGUUUUGUGCCGUCCGUCACAAGUGUUUCUUGAUUUACCCUGAUGGUCGAUGGGAAACUUACGUGGAGUCAGGCUGA